GUCCGCCGAGGGAACACUAUCGGCCAGUUCGUCGUGGUGGCAGGUGCCUGUUUCGUUGUCGUCUCUUCGGGAUCACGUCGUCCUGUCGGCGUCCGAAUAUGCGGUCUCCCUGUGCGUUCGUCGUACUCCUAGUGGUCGCCCUUGCUGCGGCAGAGAUUUACCUGGACGAAAAGUUCAGCGAUGAUUCAUGGGAGAAGACCUGGGUCUACUCCGAGCAUCCAGAUAAGGAAUUUGGAAAAUUUGUUUUAACUCAUGGAAAGUUCUGGAAUGAACGAGAAAAUGAUCUAGGUAUUCAGACAUCACAGGAUGCAAGGUUUUAUGCUCUUAGUAAAAAAUUCAAGCCAUUUAGCAACAAGGAUAAGACCCUUGUCAUUCAAUUCACUGUUAAACAUGAGCAAAACAUAGACUGUGGUGGUGGAUAUCUCAAAGUAUUUGAUUGCUCACUCGAUCAGAAAGGUCUGCAUGGAGAAAGUCCAUACCACAUUAUGUUUGGACCUGACAUUUGUGGACCAGAUCAAAAAGUGCAUGCCAUCUUUAGCUAUAAAGGCAAAAAUCUUUUAAUUAAUAAGGAAAUUCGCUGCAAGGAUGAUAUCUACACACAUUUGUACACAUUGAUUGUUAAACCCGAUAAUACGUACAAGGUACUCAUCGAUAACGAGGAAGUAGAGUCUGGCGAAUUGGAAGCAGACUGGAAUUUCCUGCCUCCAAAGAAGAUCAAGGAUCCAUCUCAAUCUAAGCCUGCAGAUUGGGAUGAUAAGAUAAGCAUCGACGAUCCGGAAGAUAAAAAGCCCGAAGAUUGGGACAAACCCGAGCACAUUCCUGAUCCUGAAGCUGUCAAACCUGAAGAUUGGGAUGACGAAAUGGAUGGCGAAUGGGAAGCACCCAUGAUCGAUAAUCCUGACUACAAGGGCGAAUGGAAACCGAAACAAAUCGACAAUCCCAAUUAUAAGGGACCAUGGAUUCAUCCCGAAAUCGAUAAUCCUGAAUAUACGCCUGAUUCCGAGCUAUACAAGCGUGAUGAGAUCUGCGCUGUUGGCUUUGAUCUGUGGCAGGUCAAAUCUGGUACUAUUUUCGAUAAUGUUCUAAUCACCGAUGAUCCGGAAAUUGCGCGUAAAUUCGGAGAGGAAGUUUGGAAACCUACUUUGGAAGGCGAAAAGAAAAUGAAGGAAGCGCAAGACGAAGAGGAAAGAAAGCAAAGGGAUAAAGAAGUAAAAGAAAGCGAAACCAAGGAUGAUGAAGAUGACGAGGAUGAAGAAGAAGAGAACGUUGUACCAGAUACUGAAGAACAUGACGAGUUGUAAAUAUAAAUAAAUGUGUCGCGCGUGGACAUAAACACACACAACAGACUGUAUUCCAGGAGCUUUGUGGCCGCGACACGAAUUAAUUCUUCACAGGCACAAAAUUGUAAUCUAAAAACAUUGCAAUAGCGAAGAGAACAGGAUAAUAGCCUCGUCGAUUCUGUCGUCCGCCAUAUUGUCCACGAGGACGUCACAUUAAAUUCGGUUUUAAGUAUCAAAAUAAAGUCUCGCCCAAUUUUUCCAACA